AUGUCUGAAGAAAAAAAAAAGUCUGAUUCAAGAGCGCAUCAACUUAAUCUGACAACUCCMAGAAGGAAAUUGAAAUUAUUGUCAUCUCUCCUAGACACACAAGAGAAUUCACGAACUCAAGGUUCGGACAUACGACACAACUAUUUAGGCUCUAAUAGCAAUAAACACAGAGUAGCGAAGCCUAUCCGAUACUCAGACAACCGUGGAUCCUUUUCCACCAGGCAGAACCAUCAUGUUCAUGAUAAAUCCCUUCAUAAAGAUAGCACAAAGGCAUUGAGCUGGGUGGACUCUUUAAUCAAUAGGGGUAAAAGUAUACUUAAUACACUGGAAAAGGAAGAUACUUUGUUUGAACAAGAACUUGAAGAAGAAAGAAAACGGUCCCAACUUCAUGAGUCUUUGAUGAAUAAGUACACUGGCGGUAGUAAACCACACCAACGAUUAGUAGAUCUCAAGAAGAGCCAAUAUGGAACUGAUACUUCCUUCCAAAAUAAUGAUGAAAUCCCGUUAGAUAGUUUCAUAACUUCUCUUUCACCAGAGGUUGAAGACGAGACACCAUCAGAUAUCGAGUCUGAUGAAGAUGAAGAGUUGGAAGAAGAUCAAUCGUCAAUCAAAAAUGACGAUAUUGGAAACAGUGAUGACAACUUGUUUGGAGAAGAAAAUGACCACAGUGAUGCUUCAAUAAUAAUAUUAUCAGAUGAAGAGUAUGCAGAAGAAGCAGCACCCCAGGGUGUAUUAAAUGAAGAUGAAUAUAAUAUUCGGGAGGAAGAACGGGUUGAGAAUAAAGGCGAAGAACAAAUAAAAAGAAACAUGAAUUCGGAUGAGGAAUUACCUACCGAACCUAGCCCCUGUAAUUCAAGUGAACAUGAGAAUUAUCCAGAGUUAGUGGAGGAAGAAUAUUCCAGUGAAUCAGAGGAAGGUGAUGAUGUAGAAAGCAGCUCAGAAAAAUAUGAGGAUGAAGACGAGGAUGAGGAUGAUGAUGAAGAUGAGGAAGGAACUGGGCAUUCAAUAGACUUUUCAAAAUUUAUGCAACCGCGAAAAGGCAACAUUGUGGCUUCAAAUACCCUAAACCAGCAACCUAACCAGCAUGAAGCUAAUCACAUGUAUUCAGAAGAUGAUGCAUUUGAUUACCGCUCAGCGGAUAUCUCGGUAAACGAUGAAUCGGAAGAUGAAGAAGACCAAGCUGCAAGAACUGAUUUAUUUUCAAAGGGUACUGGUAGUAUACAGUAUCCUGAUGAGAAAGGAUUGAACGGUAGUGAACUAACGAGAAAGAAUGCAUCACCAGACAGUGCAUCAGAAAUGGUCCAAGAAACCAAACCAGAAAAUAAUCGAGCUUUUGAAGAUGAGCUCGUUCACGGAAAAGAAUAUGCGCUAGAGGAAUCGAAUAAAAUUAACAAUAAUGAAGAUCAAAACAUUAACAAGGAAGUCUACAAUAUGAGUGUGAGAGACCAUGCGGAAACUGGUGGAGAAUCCGAAGAAGAUGGAAGUAUUCAAAUUGCUUCAGACGAAAGUUUCUAUGAAGAUAAGUUCGAAGGCGAAAAUUAUGAGGCAAUUACGGAAGAUGUUAAAAAUAGUUUGACGCAUCAACAGCCAAAUUAUGAAUGUUCACCAGACAGCUUGUAUGAUAUUGCCGCUAAAGCUAUGCUUCAAUUGCAACAAAGUGAAAACUCGAUGCGUACUCAGGAAGAAAAGAAAAUUCUUGAAUCCAACCAAGGAAAUCCUGACAGUGUCACCGUAUCUGUCAUACCUUCGCAGGAAGUUGAAGAACAAACAUUUAGUCAAAACAGCAUCGUUUGCGAAGUUGAUGAUGAAGAUCCAGAAAUCGACGGAGAUAAUCUUGAAACGUUUAGCGUUAUAAUGGCUGAGAAAGGUUCUGAGCAAGGUUCGCAGUCUACUAAAGCGAAGGAUCUAGAGUCAUCAUCCGCUAUAACAGACUCUGUAGUUGAUGAAAUAUCAAUAGUGAAUGAAGAUACUGUUUAUUAUUCUCUGGAUGAAGCCGAUUCUGUGCCAGAGAAUAGUUCAAAUGCUUUAGUUUUGGAAGUCCAAGCAAAGGCUUCUGCAUACGAGGUCAUAUUUUCGGGAUCUGUGUAUAGCUCUACUUCUGAAGACAACUCGGAAAUAAUGCCAGCACCGGUAGAGUAUACAUCACCCUUCAUGAACAACCCAUUUCAUUCAUCAAACGAUGAGUAUGAAAAUAAAAAUAACAUAUUAAAAUCAACUCUAGCGGCCUUGGCUUCAACCGUUGAUCACAAAGAUCUAAAAACCGAAGAAGACGAAGCCGUCGAACUAUAUCCAGGAUCCAAAUCAGAAAACGUUGAUGCUUUUCACGAGCCGGGACAGAAAAUUGAACAGACGAGUGGUUCAGACGAAACUAUAGGGGGCGCCGAUAGUGGAAAUGAAGAUCCCCACGAUGAAAAUACGAAAGAAAAUAUUGAGCAAGCCUCUCAUUCUGAAUUGGGUUCUGUCUUGAGAACUAACGGCGACAAAUCGAUUGAAGAAGCUGUAGAUGAGAGCUACUUCUCUGCUAUCAACUAUACCAAUAUCAUAGAACCGCCUUCCCCUCAAGAGAUUAUCAGAGAGCCCACUUCAAAUGUGGAAGAAGAUUCGAGGCUUGGAAUAGAAGAUGCAAACGAAAUAGAAAUUUCAACCGAUACUGAAGAUGACAUCAAAAAGAGUAUAGAGCACAAACGUGAUAGCUUGGCCCAAAAUAUUUUCGGGACUAAUUUAUCGAAAACGUAUGAAAAGAAUAGUGACAACACUGACUCUUUGCCUAUUGAAAGCAUCGCAAGAGAUGGUGAUUUUGAUGAAAAUUUACUUGAGAAACCUACGAAUGCUGAAAUUGAUUAUAAUAUGAUUGCCCAAGGUCAGAGUAAAAGCGAGAGCCCUCAGGAUAGCGCACAUCAAGAAUAUGCCACGAGGUUGAAAUCGGAUUAUAAAGCUGUUGAUUCAAGGCAUAGGCAAGAGGUAAAACAUCAAGAAAAUCAAGAAAAUCUGUCUGAAGGAAAACGUACGGAUUCGGAAACGGAAUGUGAAGCAAAAAAAGAGAGAGCCAGUCAAGAUGUUAUCCAUGAAAAAGUGGAUUACAAUUUGCUUGCCACCCAACAUAAUGUGGACAAGGCCCCUUGUGAAAAUCAUUUCGAGGAAGACGUUUUAAGUGUAGAAUUGGGACACGAAAUCGCUGGUGACAAAGGUAAUGAAAGCAAAACUUCUAAUGUGGAGGUACAAUAUCAUGGCAAUAUAGAACAAAAACAAGAAACAAUUGACGUGGACUCCACUCGAGGAAUAAUUGUAGGAGCAAGUAAUUUCAGUUUGUCUGUAAACGAUCAUAAUGAGAAAAUAAUUGUUGAGGGUAAUGAUCAAGAAGUGAAAAUAAAAGAUGCAGGAGGUCAGGCAACAAGCGUUAUUCAGGCUAAACAAGAAGAUAAUCCAUUCAUUGUUGAAAGCAUCAGUAACGAUGUGAUUGAAAAUGCUAGUAAAAACUCUGAAAAUACGGAUAUGGAAACAAUACAAAAAGAAGUUUUCUUUGAAGGAAAAUCAAAAAAUUUUGAACACUCACAAGUUGAGGAAGAAAACGACGAUAUUAACGAUACUGCCAACUCGGCUUUUUCUGACUUAAAACAAGGAUCUGAUCAAUCGGUAUCCGGGGAAAAUCUUGAGAGCGAUACGAAACCAUAUUUGGAGGUCCAGCAUUCAAAUCCAGAACAUGAACCUAUUGAACUGUCAAAGCCAGUAACCGCCGAAUCAAACGUGUUCUCAUCCCCCAUUCGUGCACUUGAGACAGUAGUGAGGGGGGUGAAGAAUGUGGUAGACUUGGCAGAGUUAUUUGUGAAAAAAAUUGAUGUUAUUGAUUCCGAGGCUGAAGACACAGCUGAUAUUAGUAAUGGUAACAAUGAAGCUUCUGAAAACUUGGUUUCUUCCAAUGAAUCUAAAGAUACAGAAAGUACAAAUAUAUCGAUAAAUGAUAGCGAUGGAGAUGCGAAACAUAUAACUAGGGCUACCCUAACCGAGGAUAUUACCGCGAGAUUAUGUGAUAACGACGUCAAUCAUGUAAAGUACAUCGAAACGAUGAAAAGUAGUCAUGAUGAAGAAGAACUGGGUUAUGCUAGUGAUUUGAAAAUAUCUGAACAAAAAUCAGAAGAAGAAGAAAAAGAAAAACUGGAGGAACCAUUAACCGAAUCUACACAAGUAGAACAGUAUAACGAGAACAUCCGUCACCACGCUGCGGAAGAAAAGAUUGAGCCCAUGGUUGAUGAGAAACCAUCAAUAAACGUUCACACAAAUAAUCUGGACGAUGUUAAAAGACAGCAACUUCUCGAGAACUUGAGCGAUUUACAAAACUACUCUCAAAGACUUUCUGAAGGCUCUAGACUGGGCACAAAUCAAGAGAAGUUAGAAAAAGUAUAUAUGGGUGAUUUUGAAGGUGCCUUAACUAAAAAGGAGAUUGAAGAGGAAUGUGUUGGAUCUAUUGAAGAAGACAGCGUUCUUGAGUUGAAUUUGAGUACACCUUCCAUCGAAAGUGAGGGAAAACUAUUAAUGAGGGAGGAAAAGUCAAUGGAUGCCCUACAUUCCGAGCCAGAAGAGGAAGAACUGUCCGCAUUUGAAAUUCAAAGGCCUUUAGAAGCGGUAGUUUCUGGCGAAAGUGAUGGUGAAGAACAAAUAUUUGGAAUUAUACCAUCGACGGACCUUCCUUCUGAUCCUCCAUCCGAUACGGAAGAGACUACAGAUCUUCACAAUAAUUCAAAUACAGAAAGUAUGCAGGUUGAAACAAACUCAUUUGCAUCACCAGAAGUAUAUGAAGUAUCCUCGGACACACCGAUUGAAGUUCUAGUGGGAACAGGUGACGCACUACUCAAUUCCAUGUCAGAGAAAGACAGUUGUGACGCAACAGCGCCUGUAUUAGGUGUUGCCUCGGAUGAUUCACCCAGUCAUAAUGUAGGCAAUCAGACCGACGAAAACCCUGUUGAUAUCAAGAUAAAUGAAGGCGGGGAGUCUGAAUCGCAAGCUGUAGAUAUACCUGUUCAGGUAUUCGUUAAACAAGAACGGGAAGAAAAGCCUUCAGACUCUAAACUUGAAAAAGAGGAACUAAAGUCGAACGAUGGCGAGAGCCUUGAUGUUAAGGAAGCCGAAGAAAUCAGCCUUCGAGAAAGCAAACCUAAACCGAAAAAGAAGAGCCGUAAGAGAAACUACAACAGUAGAAGAAGAAAAAGAAAAAUCACAGAAGAUAGUGCUCCUGGUACAAGAAACAAGAAAAGUAGAGGGAAAGGCGGUAGUAGAUAA